AUGUCGUCUGUCUCUCCGCCCGGCCCCGAUGCCAUGGUCACCAUCAAGGUGACCUUUGAGGGUGUCGCUCGCAGGGCAAAGAUGGCUCUGCGUGAGAUGGUCCCUGGCCUCCUUGAGGGGCACGUUCGGACAUUUCUGCACAUCCCCGCCGAAACCAAGAUCAUGAUCGAGCGUUACUCCGACUCUGCCGCUGCCUAUGUCAUGCUAGACUCCUCCAACAUGGCCGUCUACAAGCAGCUGUACAGAGCCGCCAAGGCAAAGUCGAAGCUCAAGCUCCGUGUGUCCGUCUUGCACCAGAGUGACAAAUCGUCCCCCAAGCCCGUCACCAUCAAAGAUGCCUCCGAGACUAUUCCCCAGACCACUCCUGUCGAGCGGCCUGACCUUGCCACCUCUGACCCGACACCGCUCGAUACUGCCAGCUCUGGCCGCACCACCCUCUCAAAACAGUACGACUCAAACCUGUUGCAGGAGGCCGCCAAGAUUAUUCAGGACCACCAGGCCGAGUUUCACAGCCACAUUCGAAAAGUCAUAAAGUCAACCGAUGACCUCGCGAGCCUCACCUCCCACAUGGCCAGCUGCCAGCCAUUUGCUGCUACAUCCAGUGCUCCCAAGCUGUCCGAGUCACCUUUGGCCGACUGCCCUGCCACCGGUGCCAUGCUCGCCGUGUGCUGCAACAGCUGCGAGCAGAGCAUUCCAGAUGCUCACUAUCACUGCUCCACCUGUGACGAUGGCGAUUUCGAUCUGUGUCAGUCCUGCGUCGACCAGGGCAUAACCUGCUACAGCGACGAUCACUGGCUGAUCAAGCGUAUCUUGAACAAUGGCCAUAUUGUUAGCAGCACAACUGAGACCAUUGCGCCCAAACUCAAGCUCGCGACUGCCGUGACUCCCAAGGACGACGUUGUCAGGGUAGACGAGUCUGAGACGGAAAGUAGCCUCCCCGAGGUGCUUGAGAAGCAGCCCUUUAUUCCGGCCCAACGUUUCUCCCCUAGCCUUCUCAGCCCUCCCAAGCCCCUCACACAUCCUUCAAUCACUCAAAUGCCUAGUACGGGAAACAUGCGUACAUGCAACCAGUGCCUACGAGAACUGCCCGAGCCCGAGUUCAUUCACUGUUUAGACUGUGAGGAUUAUGACCUGUGCCAGCCAUGCUUUACCAAGGAUGCCCAUGGCCACCACCCCAAGCACGCUUUUCAACCUGCUGUCCUCGGCAGUGAGAUGCCUCCUUAUGCACGACUCAAGAUGAGACCUGGCCGCAACCAGAUCCAUCACGCCAUCUGUGAUGGCUGUGAUUCCUACAUCACUGGGGUCCGCCACAAGUGCCUCGACUGUCCCGACUGGGACUACUGCUCCGAGUGUGCCGAGAAUGCUCAUUUUGUGCAUCCAAAUCACCGAUUCGCAGCCAUCUAUGAACCUCUUGCGGACACUCAUACCUCUGUCAUCUCCCAGCCUAUGCACAUGGGCAUCUGCUGUGAUGGCCCCCUGUGCAGUGCCUCCCAUGCCGUGACCUCGUACAUUCGGGGCAUCCGUUACAAGUGUGCCGUGUGCCACGAUCUUGAUUUCUGUGCCAACUGCGAGGCCAGCCCUGCCAAUAACCACAACAAGACACACCCACUGAUCAAAUUCAAGACUCCCGUUCGUCAUGUCAGUGUCACCACAACUGGUGAGCAUCAGGACGGCAAGCGCAUGCCUGCCAUGGGCGACCGAUGCAGUAGCCCCAUCUCCAAGGCUACCGAGGCCGUGGACUCUUCAGCCACCAACAGCGUCAAUGCCGUGCGAACCGUCGUCGAUGUCAAGCCGGUUGACUGCACAGCCAUCGAGGUCAAGCCCACCGCAGCAGCUAUCCCACCUCCUGUCCCCGCCAAGAAGCCAACUGCCGAACCCGAGCUCGAGCCGGCCGAGCCCGUUGCAGCUGCACCGGCUGCUGCGCCCUUGAUCAAGGAGGAGGAGCUUCGAGCCGUGUUCCUUCGUGAUGCUGUGGCAGAUGGUACCAUCUUCCCCCCCAACCAUGUCUUUGAACAGACUUGGGUCCUUCGAAACGAAGGCCAGACUCCUUGGCCCGCCGGCUGCUGCCUCAAGUAUGUUGGCGGUGACUACAUGGGCCACGUUGACUCUUCUCAUCCGGCUGGUAUUUCCGAACUCGUCUCUGCCUCCGAGUCUACCAUCUGCUAUGCUCCUCUUGCCCCCGGACAAGAAUGCUCAUUCACCGCUCUGCUCCGCACACCGGUUCACUCGGGUAAGAUGAUCUCAUAUUGGCGCCUCACAACCCCUGACGGCAUGAGAUUCGGACACCGUUUGUGGUGCGAGGUCAAUGUUCGAGCGGCUACCCCCCCCGAAGUCAAACCGCCGACUCUGUCGUCCACGAGUUCAGUCAAGGCCAAGUCAGCCGACGAGCCCAGCCAAUCCAGCAGCGUCAUGAUCUUCCCCAAGCUCGAGAAGGAGUCGCCGAGCGCCAGCGUCCACGAGGACGCCAAGACGGAGACCUCUACCACUUCCCCUGAGGAGGGUCACGAAGAGUGUGAACAAGAUGACGAGUGGGAUGCUCCCGAGGAUGGCUUCAUGACGGAUGAAGAAUACGACAUUUUGGAUGCUUCAGACGAGGAGUUUCUGGAAGAACAGGAGAAGAAGGUGUUGAGGAAAGUGCAGGCUAUACCAAGCAGGGCAGUGAGUGCGCGCUUUGCAAACCUGGUAGAGCCGCUCGCUGGUCUGGUCGCUCUGCUAUUCUGGGCAGAUUCUUUCAAGUUCCCGACCUUCUCUUUCACAGUUUCACGAGCCUCCGACACGGCCCCAAACCGAAUCCCGGGCUCCACUUUACAUCUCAACCUGACGACGACUUGGGACGAUCCCCUUGGUGUCCUUUCUCUCCUUCCUCUCAAUCUUCAUUUCCAUCACCUCCCUUUCAUCACACCAUCCCCCUCCCCUUUGUUUCCAUUCUCGCAGCACGCUCUCUCGACCCUCGGCACUGUUUUCCUCUCUUUCCUCAGUUCCAUCCUCUCCUUGCCACCAGAGAGAAUGGUCACGUUCUCUAUCCCCGGCGACGACGUCGUCGAUUCCACUACCAAUGGCACCCCGAGAUCUCGAGCGCCGCUUCCCUUCGCAAAGCGCGCGCAUGCUGCUUCAUCGCCUUUUAACAGUUCUUCGGUGAAGCGCUUGGGCACACCUCUUGCUUCAUCAGCUAGGAAGCUGUUGACGACCCGCGAUGACGCCCCGGCCAGCGGCCUCAAUCAAAGCUCCAUUGCCACAGCACGAAACAUCUUUCGAGCAUCCACCAUCACCGAUAGUCCUCCCACGUCCUCAUUCUCUCCGAGCAUUCCCAAUAGCACGAUGAAGAAGGUCUUUGCUCCCGGCGCUACCCCAGAGCCGUCGCGUGUCUACCGCAACUCCAUGGCGCAAGCCACCCCUCGCGGCAUGGCAGCCAAGACCACAAAUAAGGAGCUGUUCCCCAUGCGCAUUGCCUCACCCCCGCCAGAGUUGACGGGCGAGGUAUUGACGCAAAAGGUUCCCAAGGAUUGGAACGCCAAGGGUUCCAUCUACGCGGAUCAGUUCCUGGCACACCUUUGUCCUCCCGAGCUUGACGAAGAACAGCGUCGCCAAUUCUUUUGUGUCCUCGACCUGAGGCGGCUGAAAUAUGCUGCCAACGAGAUUUUUGCCAGAAAAGACUGGAAGUUGAACGUCAUCAACUUCGCAAAGGAGUUUGAAAAGAGCCGAAGCAUCAUUCUUCUUCGAUAUGGCUUGUACGAAUUCCAAAACGUGAAGCCAUCCAAGGAUGUUUUAAAGAGGUGGCGCCGUGAGCAUGGGCUGCCGGAGCCUGAUGAUGAAGAAUCCGAGACGACCCCUUCCAAACCCGUCGCAUCCAAGAAGCGAAAGGCUGCCGAGGAUUAUUCAGAAGCGCCGGCCUCGAAGGGCAAGCGCCGAGCUGUUGGCGACGAGUCCGAACCCGUCGCAGCCCGCGUUACGACCACCGCCUCGACUCCUUCCGUCGGCAAGAACAAGAGGAAGGCUUCCGUGAGCGAGGAACAACCCUCCAAGAUGCACAAGUCGACACCGUCGUCUGCCAAGUUCCUGUUGGAGAAGAUUGCCAAUAACAACACCAAACCUGCUGAAGGACCAGCUCCCGCACCGGCCUCCAAGCCGAACCCCUUUGGCACCAACAAACCAGCAGCAGGCAGCAACUUGGCUCGCUCUGUCCUCACCAAUCUGAAGCCCUCCGGUACCCAGACUGGCCACGGAGGCGCUGGAGGCAACAUUUUUAGCUACCUGUCCGACGCCAGCUCUGCUAAAAACAGCGGCAUCGAUGCUGAUGCCGAGAGCGAAUCAGAUUCUGAACGGGACGAAGGCCAAGGGGCUGCUCACAGUGACGAGCCUAGUGUUGCCGCUAGCGGUGCUGGAGAUGCUGGAUCGCAGGGCGGAGCCAGCUUGUUCGAUCGGGUGACCAUGGGAAGCGAUGGCCAGCCCGUCCGUGUCGAGGAGAAGAUCGAGGCUUCCGAACCUGAACCAGAGUCGGAGGUGGUCUCUGAAGCGGUCUCUGAGCCAGCCUCAGAGAGGUCGACCGUUGCAGACCAGACUUGGAAUCCAUCAACCACACCCAUCAAAUUCGCGCCAUCCUCUACCCCCGCUGCCACUGGUUUUCUUUCUGGCCUUUCGGGUGCUAAUUUCGCAAGUUCCAUUUUUGCUCCCAAGGCGACUGCGACGUCUCAUCCUUCUACUACCGCCAAGAACGAUCAGCCAGCUGCCAUGGCGCCGUCGGCGGGAGCCAACGGGAGCCAGGGCGGUCAGGAUGGUGGCGAGUCUGACAAGGAGAACGAGUCACGACCACCCAACGAGAGCCUCUUUGACAUCAAGCCCGCAACAACAGUAUCAUCGCCUUUUGGCUCGUCACUCCAGCCCAAGCCAGCCACAGCCGAAGCAACAAAGGCUGUUGAAGCCACUAGCCCGGCCUCCAGUCUUGUUGCCGCCAAGCCUGAUAUAGCCAAGUCUGCAGAGACGACAACAACCGGCACGUCCAAUCUGCUUGGCCAGGCCGGCAAAGCUGCCGGUUCGACUUCAUCUACUCUGUUUGGAGCCAAUCCCCCUGAGCCUGGGAAAGUCACGACCGCCGAAGCCCCAAAGCCCGCAGCCACCCUGUUUGGCACUGCUUCUUCUUUUGCAGCCGCGCCCACGACUGGCAAUGCCGGAGGCAUCUUGGGAUCCAAGCCUGCCAGCACUUCGGGCAGCAUUUUUGGAAGUGGUGCCCCAGUGUCUUCCACUACGCACCCGCAGCAGCCACUUCUGCUUGGAGCCGCGUCCGGAGCUGCGACUGACUCAACCGCGGCCAAGACAGAUGCACCAAAGCCAAUUUUCAAUUUUGGUGGCAGCAACGCCGCGGCUCCAUCUGCGACUGCGCCCAAGCCUCAGUUUGGUCUGGCGAAGUCACCUCCCUCUGGAGUCUCGGCAAACAAUAUGUUUGGCAGCCCCAUGAAACAGGAUGACCCGUCUCCUGCCAAAAAGGAGGCUGAUGGUGGUGACGCAGGCGGGAGCUCAACCCCUCUGUUCAACUUUGGUGCAGCCAGCCAACGGCCAGCUUCUACGUCCAACGUCUUUGCGGCGUCAUCAGCACCUACGCAAAGCAGCGGCACUGCCACCGCCGGCGCCAUCUUUGGUGGUGUACCGUCAAACACUGGCUCCGCCUUUGGGUCCAGUUUCGGCGCAGGCAGCUUCAGCGCCAACUUUGGCGGCGCAAGCACCGACGGGGCAUCCAAGGGCGGCUUCAACAACCCCUUUUCCUCGGAAGGCGGCAACGGUGCGACGACGACGGCUGCUGCGCCUGGUUCCGGGGCUACCUUCUCCUUUGGCGCCACACCUGCGCCGACGGCAACGUCUUCGCCUUUUCUGUUCGGCGGCAGCAGCGGCAACGCACCCGCGCCACCUGGCACCGGCGGCCUUGUAUUCGGAGCAAACCAGGGUACCAACACGUCAGCUCCCAUAUUUGGUGGCGCCUCGGGAUCGGGCAGCGCCCCCUUCAACUUCUCGGCUGGAGGCGCCGCGCCACAGGGGACUGGUUCCGCGUUUGGUUCCAACCAAGCUGUCCCGGCCUUCAACCUCCAGCCGCCAGCUGGUGGAUCUACAACCACCGGGACCAACUCUCCCUUGAACUUCGGGGGCGGCUCCAGCUUGGCCACCACGCCGGCCGCUGGGACUCCGGAGCCUUUGAUGCAAGCAGACACGGCCAAAGACGGCGAAGCGAAGGAAGAAGAUGGUGAGAAACACGAGCAGAUUGACCUCUUGGGCGGCGUCAGCGACGAGGAAGAAGUACGUCAUGAAGUUCGAGCCAAGGUUCUCAAGUUUGUUCCGGCGUCGGAGAGGUUGGACGAGGACAAACCCAAGUCGAAGAGCCCUUGGUCUACGCAGGGAGUAGGACAACUCCGGCUUCUGCAGCACCGGGACACGAAGCUUGUCCGACUGCUCUUGCGCGCCGAACCGCGCGGCCACGUGGCUCUCAACCGUGCAUUGCUGCCAAACUUGACAUACAAGGCAGACGAAAAGUACGUCAAAUUGACAACGUCGAACGAAAAGGGGGACGGGUUGGAGACGUGGAUGAUUCAGGUCAAGACAAAAGAUCUUGCCAAGGAACUAGCAGAGUCAAUGGAGAAGAACAAGGAAGCCAACAAGAAGUGA